UUGCAUUGCCGUCCGCUUUCGCGUACUCGAUGUUUUCAGAAUGGAGACAAACGGAGAAUAUCAACAAAAUACAAAAAAGGGAAGCAUGCAAAGUAUUUCACAGUGGUUCGUUGAAAAAUCUCAAAGCUGCUUGAAACAGCAAGAUGAUCGAUAUGCGUGUAAAGCUUUCCUCCUAACAGCUAAAAUCAUCUGCCCUCAUGACUUCGAAAUACAAUAUCAGGCAUAUUGCUUUGAGAAAACUGCACACAAUGUCAAACAGGCAGCCUCUAUUCUUCUUGAAAUGUUUAAGAAUUUCCCUUUGGAUGGCAGACUAGAUGAUGAAUUGAAGGCUAUCUCAAAGGCAUUACUUGGAGACUCCAAGGACACACAUGCAUCAUUUCUCAAAGAUGUUUAUGAGCAGCUGUCAACUAAAAUACAGAAAGAAAUACUGGAUCAUUGUGCAAAACUAAGCCAACAGAAUCACAAUGAUUUAGAGGAGCUUCGUCUCAAACUACUCAUCAAUCAACGAUUUAACAAAGAUGGACCAAAAGAAGUGACCCUUCUGUUGAACAGUAUCUUGGAUAUUGAGAGGAAAGAAGGAUUCAAGAGUGUGGCUAACCCGUACAGGAAGCUAAUGGUUUAUGAAGUACUUCCAUUUGCAUUGUCUAUGGAUAAAUUGAGUCAGUACUGCUCCUCUAAGGACUAUUCUAAAUGGUUGCAGAAGACUAUGGAGUAUUUUAUCACCAUGGCAACGAACCCGCAGAAGCUGUCUGGUGGGGAUCACAUGACCCAUGGUGUGAUCGGAGGUGAAGGGUCAGAGAUGUUCAGGGGGUCACCGUGGGUGAGCCUUCAACACAUGCUGAAAUUGUUUGCCAAGUGUUGUCAUUGGGAGAGUGGCUUUAUCUCUUCACCCGGAAGUGGUUUGGGGGAGAGUUGGUCAGUUAUCCAGAAGCAUGUCCAGAGACACAGUAAUAACAGCAGAGAGGAAGGAGAGAAGGUACCUCCUAAACCAGCUUUCUAUGCCAGUUUGGUUCUCCUCCUCAGGGCAUCCUAUCACUACGUAUCCAUCAUGAGUCCACAGCAGUAUGGUGGAUCAUCCAGUCAUCACCAUCAAUCUCAUGUGUUACUUGAAGACCUUGAACCAAAGAAAAGAUCCAAGAAGCACAAACACGCACACAAGAAACGCAAGUUAGAAGGGGACAAAGAGACUCAUAUCGAUUCUGAUGGAUCAGAUGAUAUCUUAGAUGUGAUCCAACCUUCUGAGAUGACACCUCUCUCUGCCGAGAUCACAGAAGCCUUCCACACUGCCAUGAAUUGUUGGCAACUUCUCAACUCGAAUGAUACAUUUGUCAAAGACUUUAACUGGUUAUUGCAUAGAUGGAAAGCUGAAUCAUGGUCCUGGUUUAAUAGCUUUCAAGCAGAUAGGCUUCUAUAUCUGGGUGAAAAUGUUCAAGCUAUAGCCAUGCUGCAGGCAAAGUUAAAAGCAGAACAAGAUGAGACACACCUUGAAAGCUCUGAUCGUAUGAAAAUUCUCAUUCAACUGGCUUGUAUCUAUCAGUCGAUGGCUAGAUUAGCGGAUGCUAGUGAUUGUAUUCUGCAAGCCAUCGGUAUCAUGAAGACUAACUACGUGGAAGGCAAUCCUAACAGGGGUAUAGUGAGUGAAGGAUCAUUGACAGGGGCAGGGAAAUCCGGUAGACUUCUUCAUAUCUUAUCAGCUAGUCCAUCCACACUGCUACCUUACUGUAUCCAACUGGUCCUUCUUGCAUUUAAGAAACGUGUCCUUCACCGAGCAGAUUCCAACGACACUGGGUUAGGUCACCUGAUAGUUUUGAUGCAGUAUUAUUGGCCGAGAGAAGAACCACUGUUUAACGAGGCUAUCAGAAGAAUCAGAAAACAAGGCAGCUUCUUCUAUCACUGUUUUCUCAACUAUGUCAUCAAUAUUGAUAUUCUGGAAGAGUUUGCUCAUCUGAAGACAGAAGAUGGAGGAAAGGUCAAUCUUGAUAUUCUGCCUUCCUCAUCCAGUGUUCAAAGACAAAGGACAGUGACAAGAGGAAUUACUAGAGGAGGUACUGAGGAUUUCCGUGCUGCCAUGGAGAGACAAGUUAUGAGGAGUAAUGAUAACAUAGAAGCUGUUAUCAUGAAGUUCCUUAUGGAAGAGAGAGACUCCAUCAAACUUACAUUUGCUGAUAGCUAAUAGAGGAUUACUUAUCCUGCUGACUAGAAGAAAACAGAAGGAUGAAUCUGAAAAUACAAGUAUAAAUAGGUUAUGUGGAGUAAUGAUAAUUUGAAAGGUGUCAUCAUGACAUUUCUUAUUGAAGAGAGGGUCUCCAUCAAACCAGACUGAAAAUCAGUCUAUUUCUGUUAGGAUAUGCUUCGCUGAGACUUUGUCUGGCUUUGCGGCAUUUCUUCCCUCCAUUGACCAAAAUAAUCCAUAUGCAUCGCCAUGGCAGUAGUAAGCAUUAAAAAAAUAAUAAAAACUAACCCAUACCAGCAAAAUGCUGGCCUGCCGAGUCCCUACGGAAGUUACCAUAACAGAAACAAACAGAAGAUGUAAAUAAUGCUAAUCGUAAAUUGCGAAAAUCAGCAUCCAAGCAGAAAUGUUAGGCUUUGGCUUAGUCAACAUUCAUGAUUAGAGAAUAAAAAUUCACAGUUGUGAGAUUGGUUCACUAGUGACUGUGGAACUAUUUCUGCAGGUCUAUUUAGUGAAUAAGCAAGCGGAAUCAGAAGCUUUUGCCAUUGCAAAUGAUUAUUCAUGAACUGAAAAUGGUAACAUCAACAUGAUUGGCUGGUGCAUUUGUAUACUCAAGCUGCAAGAGAAACAUGACGGCAUACUGGACUGGUGGGGAGGGUUGGUGAUUCACAAAUAGUUAAGAGUGACUUAGAGUUGCACUUAAAUUCCUAGUUGCUUGUGGUAAAAAUGGCAUCACCUCAUUUGUCAAAGUGUGCUAACAGGAUGCACACUACUGCGUAGCAACAUAAUAGUUGCCCGUUAUGUAUCAAUUUGCGCAUCAGCAUUUAAGCAUGACUAUUACGUCACACUUAACUCUUUGUGGAAGACCCCCAGUCUGUUUAAAUAACAAAAUUUGUAUUUUACAUUUUGAGAAACUAUAGCUGAUUAUUUCCAAGAAAUUACUUUACUCUGUUGCUUUGUUUCCCCAAUUAAAUGUGGGAUAUAAGCAGAAAUCAAAGAGGGUGAGGUUACGUACCCUU